AUGGGCAAAAACACAGAUACACCAGCAUAUCUGACUUCAGAUAAUGCCAGAUACACUCUGGGUAUUCAUCGUGGCCCAUUGAUAUCCAAGGGUGAUGAUGAAGGCGCCCAGCUCGCACAUGUCGAAUCGGCCGGGGGUCUUUCAUUGGAGACGAGGAAAUUGAAGCGCACUGAGAAGUUCCAGCGCCAUUGGAAGCGAUUCUGGUGUCUGCAUCUUUUGGUGACUAUCAUCUUCUUGGCGAUUUUCCUGCCUGUCUUCUUCCUGGUUGCUAUUCCAGCCAUCUCACAGAUGGUUGUCAACAAGUCCAAUCUAGUAUUGGUCAAUGCCUCGGUCCUAAACCCCCGACCGGACAAGAUUCAAUUGACGCUGCUGUCGGCAUUGGACCUCAAAAUUGCACUGCCAGUACGCAUUGAACCGAUCACAUUAGAUCUGUUCGUGCGCGACACCGGCGUAGAGAAUUCAUGGGGCCAGGCUAAAAUCGACGGCAAAGUCAUCAAGGGCAAUUCCACCCUAGGCGUGACCAAGGUCGAGACGCCUCUGACCAACUUGACCACCUGGGAAGAGUAUGUGCACAAUGUCGUGUUCGAGAAGGAGACUCCGCUGUCGGUCAGAGGUGUAACCAAUUCGUACUUGGGUGUGCUCAAGUCCAAGGUCACCAUGGACAAGGAUAUCAUGUCGCCAGUGCUGGACCAAUUCAAGAGAUUCAGCAUCUCCGACAGUGGACUCACUCCAGCCCGCGAAGACGGUACCAACCUAAUCGGGAAUGUCUCUCUCCCCAACCCGUCUGUGUUGACUCUCGACAUUGGCACACUCGUCCUCGAUGUGAAGAGCGGCGACCUCGUCAUUGGAAACGCCACCAUCAAAGACGUCACCAUCAAACCCGGCGACAAUGUCUUCCCUCUAACUGGAAUCCUCGACAUACACACAAUGAUCGAGCACCUCGGAGAGGUACUCGCGUCGCAAGCAAAGGCUCUCAAAACCGGCAAUUUAGCCCUGGACACGGUAACCCGAAGCGUCACCUGGAACGGCACAUUGGUGCCAUACUACACCAAUGUGAUGAAGCAGCUAACGCUGACGGCCAAUGUGCCAAUCGCUGACCUGGUUAAGAACACUAUUCACAACCUGCUCAGCGGCAAUGAAACCAUCAAAGACAUUCUCAAUGGAGCAGGCGGCACGAGCAAGCUGCUAGGCAACCUCACGAGCGGCGAUGGUGACAGCGACACCUCCUCGCUCGCAUCCAAGAUGAAGACAAAUAUUGCAGUGCGCGACAUGUUCCGCGGCACGAACCCGGUCAAACGGGACUUAAUCAUCAACUCGCUGGCUGGGAUGUAUAAGAAGCUGUGA